AUGGCUGAAAAUACACAAGAUCAAGUACUAGCGAUAGUCGCAAAUAUAGUUAAAAACCAAGAUCCUGUGGAAAAGACUAAUGACGAAGGAAACGAGAAUAACCAAAAAAGUGUAAAGAAAAAUGAACCUAUCAGAGGUCUACCAAAAUCUGGCCGGUUUUGGAAGUCUAAAAAAGAAAGAUUCGCUACUGUAAAUAAAACCAAAGGUUUAAAAGCUAGUUUUGAAAAGAAAGCUGCUUUACGAUUGGAGUUACAGAAAACAAAAGAGCUGUCAAGACAGAUGUUAGAAGAGAUGAAACAGAAAGAACUUGAGAAAAAAGAACGAAGAAGAGAGAACAUCAAGCGCACUGAGGAAAAUAGACGAAAAGCUGAAAUAGUACAAGUGAUUACCAAUACAGCCAAACUAAAACGAAUGAGAAAGAAACAGCUAAGAUUUAUUGAGAAAAGAGAUACUACUCAACAUGUGCAAGCUAAUAAAUAA